AAAACGUCUCGCGAGAUGUCAUAUUUUAUUGAUUUGAAACAUGGCGUCGGAAGGAGAAGCGGCCAAUGCUUCUGUUGUUGAACCAGAGACCGGGGACGGUGAUGCUGGAUUUGGGGACUUGACAGGCAACCUGGAGACUGAGUCAUCGAAUGGCAAAGAGGCCAUGGAUCCGGGUAGUGAGGGUUUGGACGCAGCUGACACCCAGACAGGUUCUGGGGACGAGGAGAGCGGCAGGCACCAGGGAGAGGUGGAGCUGCAGUGUGCUCUCUGUAUGAAGUGGUUCACCGCCGACACCUUCAGCAUUGACACCGCGACGUGUCUGCCUUUCAUGACCAACUAUGUUUUCCAUUGUAACGUGUGUCAUCACAGUGGCAACACCUACUUCCUCCGGAAACAAGCCAACCUGAAGGAGAUGUGUCUGACUGCUCUGGCUAACCUCACAUGGAGCUCCAGGACUCAGGAGGAGCACCCCAAGACUAUGUUCUCCAAAGACAAGGAUAUCAUCCCGUUCAUUGAUAAGUACUGGGAGUGUAUGACCACCCGACAGAGACCUGGAAAACUUACAUGGCCCAACAACCUAGUCAAGACCAUGAGUAAAGAGCGGGAUGUGUUCUUGGUGAAGGAGCACCCAGACCCAGGCAGUAAGGACCCAGAGGAGGACUACCCCAAGUUUGGCCUGCUGGACCAGGACCUGGGCAACAUUGGACCGUCUUACGACAACCAGAAACAGACCACCGCUGCUCCCACUCCUGGAGGGCUCAACGGUGGACCUUCUUUCUCAGGUGGUCUGGCCCCUGGCCCAGGUAAAGGUAGAGGAGCCAAGCGUAAGCAGCAGCAGCAACAACAGGAGGGCGCCACAGCUGGAGCAGCUAAGAGAACACGCAGUGACCCUCUGUUCUCGGCCCAGCGUCUUCCUCCCCAUGGCUACCCUCUGGAGCACCCCUUCAACAAAGAUGGCUACCGCUACAUCCUAGCAGAGCCGGACCCCCACGCCCCCGACCCAGAGAAACUAGAGCUGGACUGCUGGGCUGGGAAACCCAUCCCCGGAGACCUCUACAGAGCCUGUCUCUACGAGAGAGUACUGCUAGCCCUGCACGACAGAGCCCCACAGCUGAAGAUCUCAGAUGACCGUCUGACAGUGACAGGGGAGAAGGGUUACUCCAUGGUCAGAGCCUCCCACGGUGUCAGGAAAGGAUCUUGGUACUUUGAGGUCUCCAUCGAUGAGAUGCCCCCGGACACCGCAGCCAGACUGGGCUGGUCUCAGCCUCUGGGUAACCUGCAAGCCCCCCUGGGCUAUGAUAAGUUCAGCUACUCAUGGCGUAGUAAGAAGGGGACACGGUUCCACCAGUCUGUAGGGAAACACUACUCCUCAGGCUACGGGCAGGGAGACACGCUGGGCUUCUUCAUAGAACUACCAGACGGCACUGAGACAGCCAAGGCACUGCCGGACACUUACAAGGACAAGGCGCUGAUUAAGUUUAAGAGCUACCUGUACUUUGAGGAGAAGGACUAUGUGGACAAGGCAGAGAAGAGCCUGAAGACUGUUACCCCCAGCAGGAUGCUGUUCUAUAAAAAUGGGGUUAAUCUGGGUCUGGCCUAUGAAAACCUGUUUGAGGGGCUCUACUUCCCUGCCAUCUCUCUCUACCGGGGCUGCACGGUUUCAGUUAACUUUGGACCACUUUUCAAACACCCUCCAAAAGACAUCAAGUACCAGCCAAUGAGUGAUAUGGGCUGGGGAGCGGUGAUCGAACAUACACUGGCUGACAUGUUGUAUCACGUAGAGACGGACGUGGACGGACGGCGUAGCCCUCCCUGGGAAGGAUAAACACACACCUCCAUAGAUCAACACACACAGAUGGCCACUUUGGAAAGGCAUGGAAGAGUCCAUUCCAUCAUUUAUAGGUGGGUUGAUGUCAGCCUGAACAUGAACACUUUGCAGUCUCUCUGUGGUGUCCCUUAAACAUUGUCAUUGGUAACUUAAAUCAGCUGUACCCUUCUAUUGAACAAGAUGUGUGUGAUCUAAAAUGAGACUUGCUUGUCUGAACAACUCUUUUUGGUGUAUGAAGCACUUUAGGUGUUCCAGCACUAUAAAAUAAUGUAUGUAUGGACAAGUUUCAAAUUCAUUAUCCAUUUUUGUCAAACACCCCAGAUAUUCUUAGUUCCAGAUAUUAUUUAUUCAAGCAUAUGAACAUUCUGUUUUUGUUCAUUACCUGCCAGCUGGUCUCAAGCUAGGGUUCCAUACUAUUGGCCACAGAUCUUCAUGCAAAUAUGAUAAAAAUUGGACUGGUUGCGAAUUAGUCUGCGUGACGACGUAGUGCACAUAAAAAUAACUUUUGUGGUUAAAUUCCUAUGUACCGAAUAAAAAAACAAAAUCAA